AUGGGCCCUGAUCUGCGGGAGGAGGAGAAGACGGAGUCCUGUGUCAAGAACGGCGAAUCACAAGCGUGUGGAACUGAGCGUGACGACGUCUAUCUAGAGGACAUGUUCGCAGAUCAUUGUGCCGUCAGCCGCCACUAUGAAUCUGAAUAUGACAUCUUUGGUGCCCGCCCGCUCACGGGCGAUCCACUUCUGUGGGAUGACAUCCGCUCAGAGAACAGCGACGAUUAUGUUGUGCAGGAGGAUUAUGAAUGCGCUAAGCUUGCAGGCGUGGAGACAAAUUGCCCAGGGAGAAACAUCCCGUUGCAGCUAGCGAGGAAAAUCGACAAGGCAUGGAUAAGGAGCAUCGUGGAACAGAACGAGAAAUACGACGCGCGGUGCCGGGAGAUUCUGCGCCAGGACGAGGGUGCUGAUCUCCCUCCUGCUCCUUUAGAUGUGUUCCCUGAGGCAACAGGUUUAUGCGUCCAAAGGGGUCGCUGCCACCACAUUGAAUACAGGACCCAUGAUACUUCCACCACUGAUUCAGAUCUUGGAUACGCCGAACCAGAAAUGAUGCUACAGAUAUUCUUUUUGCGCUUAUCAAGCUUCUCUGUGUCCUAUUCCUGCCCCAUCAGUAUAUAUGGAGUGUUCGCUGUUCGGGAUGUGGUGGAGCCACUGCGGAACCAUGUCUUCAACCGUUCCAGAGAUGACCCUGUCACGGUUGACCAGGAUCCGUUUACCUUGCCACUCUGUAGCCCUUGUCGAGGAAUGUACAUACCAUAUGACCUAGUAUUGCUAGAAGUUGAUCUUUGGAUAAAAAAGGAAGGGGAUGGGUCAGCCGACCAAAAAUUACUUUCCGCAUACCUUGAGCUGGAUGUCCGCACAGAACAGGAUGGGUUCAUAUAUGGUUUUAUCCCUGGGGACAAUGUCAGCUUGGAAAUAGACUGUGCCUGCCUUGCGCUGAGUGUUGAGGCAGUGAUCGAGGUCUCUGCAGAGGUUAGCAGUCCUUGCCAUGUGAGAUUCGUCGCUUUCAGCAGUGGCUAUGACAAUGAGAUUGUUCUCUUCGAUGGAAAGCUCACCGGGAAGAAGGUUUUCCAGCAUGUUGUUGCUGCGAAGACAGAGAGAGAAUUGAAGGUUCAGUUAGAGGUGGAGGAAUCAGUUUUCCAGUGGACUUUUGAGGGUGGAAAUGACGGAGUUCUUAGCUCCCCUGAUGACUCUAUGUUGAAGUACGGCCAGUUUGAUGUGGAGGUGUGUUUUUAUCCAACGACGGCCUAA